UAGAGCUGAAGGGUGGUCAGAACGUAAUUAUGGAGCAGCUCAGACACAUAUUGGCCAUGUUGAAUCGUCCGCCAACGACAGCUUCAGCACCGGAGGCCCCAGCAGAUCCAUCUACCCCACCACCAGCUGCUUCACCCCCAGUAGAAGAGGAUGAGGUCUUCCCCGACGAUUACGAUCCUUAUGAGGGAGCUCCAGCGACUCCGAUCGAGGCACAACCUCUUAUCCAUGUACAUGACACCGAGUCGCAGGGUGAGAUUCUGUCCAUAGAGGCACAACCUGCAGUGGUUAAGAGUCGGAAGAGGAAGAGAAAGCCUCCUGUAUGGUUCGGUGACUAUACGGAGAUGAAGAGGAGACAUAGGCCAUCUUCGACUUUUGAUCCCCUGGAGCCACCGGAUGAGAAAUUGUUAACCACUUUCCGAAAGUGGUGUGUUGGACUCAUUCCGAACCACCGACUUCGGGAUUUGAGAAGUGGUGAUUACGGUCCAGGAUUCUUUUGGAUAAUGCUCACACCAAAGGAAUGGCUUACAGAUGACCAUAUAGAUGCAGCAAUGCAUAUGCUGAGGAGGCGACGCACCGACUAUCCACUGACAUUUCCUCAGAAGGGUAUCAUUCUCUCCACAUUCGUGACCGCCAUGAUCAGCAGUGCAUGGACGAGCCACAAGGGUCCGAGGAAAAACUUUAAAUGGGAGGAAUAUAUCCUGGACUACUGCACAGGGUUUCAUAAGUCCCAAGUCUUUGAGAGAUGGAGGGGUAACGAGUUUAUUUACUUCGUUCUGCACCUUCCCACGGCAAGACACUGGGUCACAGUUGAAGUGGACAUAGAGCUGUGGAAAAUUAAUGUCUACGAUCCGUGA